AUGAUACUGUACAGCUCCGAGUUACUUUCCAUUGGAGGAGGGCAGGGUUGUCAUUUACCACUCUCUCGCAGGAGGAAACACAGACAACAGCAGUACCAGCGUAUGCAAACUACGCAGCUGCCGCGCUGUUGCCGUGACUCCUUCAGUCUGCGGAAGGAGGGGAAGGAAGGCAAGUGGGAGUGGAUGGUGCUGGAGUCCUUCAGGGAAGCUGAGUGUAUGGCAAAGCUCAGACUUUGUCAUGCAUCGAUAUACACCAACGACUGGGCUGUGAGAAUAAACGGGGACCGUGACUCUGCAAACAGGAUAGCGGAGAAAUAUGGAUUUACAAACAUGGGCCAGAUUGGAGACCUGAAAAACUAUUAUAGUUUUCGCCACAGCGGGACAGCGCAACAGUCCACUGUGUCCAACAAAGAGGUUACUGACCGCAUCACCAAGGAGACCAAGGUGGAAUGGCUCCAGCAGCAGGUCGUCCUGAGAAGAGCAAAGAGGAACCCCAGAGCCAGUCACAUAUACUCCAUCGACAUCAAGACCAAACGCACUCCCACCGCCCAUCUUCAAUCCAACCACACCCAGACAUUGUACUUCAACGACCCACAGUGGAACAGCCUGUGGUACAUUCACUGCAGUGAUGACUCCAAAGGCUGCCAGUCUCACAUGAACAUCGAGGGGGCUUGGAGGAGAGGGUACACUGGGAAGGGUGUGGUGGUGUCAGUCCUAGAUGAUGGAAUUGAGAGGGAGCAUCCGGAUCUCAAGCCAAAUUAUGACCCUCUCGCCAGCUAUGAUGUGAUUGGAAAAGACCCAGACCCGUCUCCAUAUGAUUCCAAUAAUGCUAACUACCAUGGGACUGAGUGUGCAGGGAUGGUUGCUGCAGCUGCAAAUAACUCUCAGUGCACAGUUGGAGUCUCUUUCCAUGCCAGGAUAGGCGGCAUCCGUAUGCUGGAUGGAGACGUCACAGACAUGGUAGAGGCCCAGUCGCUGAGCUUCAGACCGCAGCAUAUUGACAUCUACGUAGCAAGCUGGGGCCCCGAGGAUGAUGGGACCACUCUGGAGGGACCUGGGCUUCUAGCUCGUCUUGCUUUACAGAACGGCAUUCAAACAGGCAGGCGCGGGAGGGGCUCUGUUUUUGUCUGGGCAUCGGGGAACGGAGGGCGCAGAGGCGACCACUGCUCCUGUGAUGGCUACACAAACAGCAUCUACACUAUCUCAAUUAGCAGCAGCACCCGGGGUGGAAGCAAGCCAGAUUACCUGGAGCAGUGCUCCUCCACCCUGGCGACAGCUUACACUGGCGGGGGGGUGGAGAGCUCCAGGAUGGCUACCUUGUCCCUGAAGCAGGGCUGUAGCAGGGAUCAUUCAGGGACCUCAGUCUCGUCCCCUAUGGCUGCAGGGGUCAUCGCUCUCACCUUGGAUGCCAACCCCAUGCUAACUUGGAGGGAUGUACAGCACAUUAUUGUCCGAACAUCAAAAGCACAUCAUCUCAGCGCUCCCGACUGGCACUUAAACGGGGCUGGAUUCAAGGUGAGCCACCUGUACGGCUUUGGCCUUCUGGAUGCGGAGAGCAUGGUGAAGGAGGCUGAGCAGUGGAGACCGGUCCCUACCCAGCGUGUGUGUGAGGAGGAAGCUCCCAUCCAGCUGAGCAGACCUAUUCAUCCAGGCUCUGCGCUGAGGUCUGUGCACGAGAGCGCCGGCUGCUCCGGUGAGCCCCUGCAGCACGUUGUUUAUGUGGAGCACGUCGUCGUCCGUGUCACCAUCGUGCACGGUCGUCGCGGCGACCUCUCCAUCACACUCACAUCACCUUCAGGCACCGUGUCUCAGCUGCUGGCCAACAGGCCUUUAGACCACUCCACUGAUGGAUUUCAAAACUGGGAGUUUAUGACAACCCACUGCUGGGGAGAGGAGGCAGCAGGGGAAUGGAGUUUGGAAAUCCAGGAUACUCCGUCUCAGAAGAGGAACGACACCGAACUAGGGACACUGGAGCGGUGGUCCCUGGUGGUUCACGGCACCUCAGAGCAGCCGUAUCCCAUGCAUCGUGAGCAAGCCCGGUCGGCUGAGAUGCCAGUGGAUAGUGACCUCAAUGAGGAGUACAGUGGUCCCUGCGACCCAGAAUGCAGCGACGAUGGUUGUGAGGGACCCGGCCCCCAGCAUUGUGUCACGUGUUUACAUUUUUUUCUCAAGUUCAAGAACAACACAAGGAUGUGUGUAUCAGAAUGUCCAGAGGGUUUCUGGGGGGACCGACGACGUUGUAAAAGGUGCUAUUCUUCCUGUGAGAGCUGCACCGGUAGUCGAAGCAACCAGUGCACUUCCUGUCAGCCUGGUUAUCACCUGACUGAGGGGGCCAACACCUGCACAACCAGCUGCGGGGAGAACUACUUCCUCGACUACGAUGCAAAUGCGUGCAGAAAGUGCAGUGAAAACUGCUUGAAGUGCACCUCGUACAGCAUCUGCACAGAAUGCAGACCGGGCACAAGUCUGCAGGGGAAUCGGUGCCAGCGGAGCUGUGCACCAGGAUUCUACCACGACAAGCAGGAGGGCACCUGCAAACCCUGCCAUAAGGCCUGUGCUACCUGUGCAGGUGCAGGUGUGGAAGCAUGUAACCAUUGUGCAGAAGGCUACUUGAUGGAGGAGUGGAGGUGUGUGUCCUCCUGCAGCGCUGGCUUCUAUGCCACGGAGCCAAACCCAGAGAUAGCUGAUGGGCACAGGAUAUGUAGGAGGUGUGACGCCAGCUGUCUCACCUGUGUGGGGCCGAGCUGGGGAAACUGCAGCAGCUGUUCCAGUGGUCACAGCCUCCAGGAGGGAGUGUGUGUGGUUAGCACUGUGUGUGUCGACGGAGAGUACCAGGACGGUAACGGGAUGUGCCACGCGUGUGAUGCAACGUGUCUGAAGUGCACAGGACCGCACACUGAGGACUGCAUCAGCUGUGUUUUUUCACGGGCUUUAGAUGAGGGUCGCUGUGUGCUGCAGUGUGCCAAGGGGAAGUACCAAUCCGGUGGACAGUGCCACCUGUGUGACCACACCUGUGCCACCUGUGUAGAGGGAAGGGCUGCCAACUGUACCAGCUGUGAAACUGAUAAGUUUGGAGUGGAACGUUACCUGUACAAAGGCCAGUGUGUCGAGGCCUGUCCCGACUCCUUCUACCACACCAAGGAGAAAAGUUGCGAUCCGUGUUCGGACCACUGCGUCCUCUGCACCAGCUUGGCCCACUGCCUCAAGUGCAACUCCUCCUACUACGUCUCUAACGGAGCGUGUGCUAAGCUGGAGUGCGGGGAAGGGGAAGUGGAGGAUCCAGAUUAUGAUGACUGCAUGACCUGCGAGGAGGGCUGCAGAAAGUGUGUCUUGUAUAACCCUAAGCAUUGCCUGUCCUGCACUGAGGGCUUUUACAGUUUUGAGGAUGGCUGUUACAAGAACUGCCCGGUUAAGACAUACAGCGUGGAAGAGGACAUGUCCUGUGUGCCAUGUGACGAGCACUGUGUGAGCUGUGACGAGCAGGAGUGCUACUGGUGUGAGACUGACUUCUUCCUAUCAGAGGGGAAGUGUGUUACAGUUUGUCCCGACGGUUUCUAUGGUGAUGAGGACUCGCACGAUUGUGUAGAAUGCCACUCACACUGCAUGACGUGUGAUGGCCCAGAGGAUGACGACUGCGUGUCAUGUGAGGAGGGGAAGAGGCUCGAAAACGGAGAGUGUGUGUCUGACUAUGAGGUCUGCCCCAUUAAGACCUUUCUCACUGAUGAUGGCGAGUGCGAGGACUGCCACCCCUCCUGUGAGUCGUGUUCUGGAGAGGGGAAGAACGAGUGUAAAACAUGUGUCAGAGGCCGGUUCCUGACCACACAGCAGACGUGUGUGUCAAAGUGUCCGACGGGCUUUUUCGCCAGCCGGCUGAGCGGUGUGUGUGAGGCAUGCCCUCAGGGCUGUAUGCAGUGUGCGGAUGCUCAGCGCUGCACCCGCUGUCAGACGACUCGUAAAGCUCCCUUAUUCCUGCAGGAUGGACAGUGUGUCCAACAGUGUGUGAGGGGUUAUCCUGUGGGCCAGGUGUGUCGUAGGUGUGUGGCAGGCUGUGCGUCCUGUGGGAGGAAUGCUACCCAUUGCCUAAGCUGCGAGGAACCUCUCCUCCUACACAAGCACGAGUGUGUGGAGGCCUGUCCUCCUGCACACACGGUCCGGGACAGGGAGUGCCAACGCUGCCCCGCAGCCUGUCAGGAGUGCACCCCGCAUGGACAGUGCACAGGCUGUGAGGAGUACCACUUCCUCCAUGACGGCCUCUGUGUGCUCAACUGCCCUGAGAUGUUCUUUGAGGACAACGAGCAAAGGGUGUGCCUGCGUUGUCACCCCGACUGCGAAUUGUGUGACGGGCCGGAUAGCAAUGACUGUGAUGCCUGCUCGGACCCUGAGGCCACGCUGCACAAUGGGGCGUGUUUGUCCGACUGCCCCUCACACACUUUCAGGGACGCAGUGACAGGAGAAUGUAAAGACUGCGAUGUGUCUUGCCUGACCUGCUUUGGGCCGCACGCGAGCUCCUGCACCAGCUGCAGAGAGGGUCAGAGGCUAGACGGCCACGGCCGCUGCGGGCCGCUGGCCAACAAGUGCUCGUCCCACCACUACGCGGACCAGGACGGCCAAUGCUAUCCCUGUCACAAAUACUGUCACCAGUGCUCAGGUCCUGGCAAAACACACUGCCUGAGCUGCACUCAGAAACAUCUGCUGCUCAACGGCACCUGUGUGGAUGAAUGCCCCAUUGGCUCCUAUCGGGACGAGGCAGGGCAGAAAUGUGAAUCCUGCCACCCUGCCUGUCUGUCCUGCAUGGGGAAACACAGCCACGAGUGUCUCACCUGCAAAGUCCACCUAUUUAGAGAGGGCAAAGAGUGUGUGGAGACCUGCCAGCACAGUCACUAUGGAAACAUGGCCUCGAGGACGUGCGAGAGGUGUGACCCGAGCUGCGGUGAAUGUUUCGGGGGCGGGGAGGACAGCUGUCUGAGCUGCACCACGGGCCUUCUCUUCUUGCGGAAAGAGGGGCGAUGCCUCGCCACCUGCCCGCAAGGACACUACCACGACGCCGUUCACAGGACCUGCGAGCCCUGCCACCCCAGCUGCAGAACAUGCUCAGGAAAAGAGUACCUGGACUGUGACUCAUGCCACAUGGGAUACCUGCUCUCCGAUGGCAUGUGUGACUCUAUGUGCUCCAUGGGCCAGUAUCCAUUGAUGGAGGGCUCGGGCCAUGCCUGUGAGGACUGCGAUGCCUCCUGUCUGGAGUGCAGGGGACCUGGCCCGGCCAACUGCACCAUGUGUCCUGCUCAGGCCAUCUUGGAAGCUGGAGGGCGCUGUCUGCUGUGCUGCCGCCACCCGGGCCCUGCAGGAGAGGAGGAGGACGCAGCACAGCAACAGGACUGUUGUAAUUGCACCGAGACCCGAGGGGAGUGCGUCCUCAGCACCAACUUUGCUUUCAGGAACGAGGAGGAAGAGGAGGCCACGGGCAACCUGACACUCUUCAUCACCGCCUCCAUCCUGCUGGUGUUGGGCCUGGGCUUCGUCAUAUUCCUCAUCAGACACUCCCGCUCCAAGCGUCCCGCCUCGGACAUUGUCCCUCGUGGUUACGAGAAGCUGGGCUCCGGCGGCGGCGGCGGCUAUGGAGGCGGCGGCAGACACGGCGGCUACACCUCCUCUUCCUCCACCUCUUACGGCGGCCGCGGCAGUUCAUCCAGCAAGCACUUCCAGGAGGCGCAGCUGGUUGACAUUAGUGAAAACCGCUCGGGGAAUAAGGAUGAUGACGACGACGAUGAGGACGAGGACAUUGUUUACAUGGGCCAGGACGGCACCGUGUACAGGAAGUUCCGGUAUGGACAGCUGGGAGAGGACAACGAGGAUGAGCUGGAGUACGACGACGAGAGCUACGCAUUCCGGUGAAGCGUGACAAUCCCUUUAAUAAAGAUUUCUCCGUCUUUUUCUGGAAUCCUCUCCCUCCCUCCCUCUCAUUCCUUUUCUUCUGUGCUGUUUAUCUCUCCUGCCCUCAGGGACAGCCUCAUUUAUCCUCCACUGAAUUUGAGCUGAACCAAAUGAAACAUGAGAAGCUAUUUAUAAUGAGCGCAUUUUACAACUGAGAUCCAUUCACAAAUCUAAAUAUGCUCCGGAACGAUUCCAGUUUGCUUUGCAUUCUUAAGGAAUGCUCGUUUUUACAUAAUUGCAAUUUAUUUUCUAGGCCACAUUUGGUGUACAUUUUACAACUUACCACAUAUAUAUAUAUAUAGAUAUAACACAUUCUCCAUGGGCAUUUACCUGUUUUGUCAAUUUGAUUAAUCAACGUAUUCUUUGCAACUGUUGUGGUGUUGAAGUAGCACUUUAAAUUUGAUUGACCAUGUUAUCGCUUGUGCUUUUCUAUAAUGCAUUUCCAUGUGUUUGCUGUCGUUGAAUUUCAACUUGAACGUGUAUUGUGGUCCCAUUCAAAAUAAAGUCUGCUA